AUGGUAUCAGAUAAUCCACUCCAACAAGUCCGUGAAUCAGCAAAUUGGGUUAACGAACAUUCAGAUAAUGUUAAAAUCAACUUUAAUAAAAUCAAUGAAUUUUUAGAUAAUCUUAAAAAAGAUGAUUAUGAAUCAAAAUCAUCAACAGUUUUAUUUCCAUUAAAUUAUUCAAAUUCACAACAAGAAAUUAAUUUUUGGUUUUUAUUAGAUUUAAUUAAUUUUGGAAGUGGAUAUAGAAAAGAGUUACAUGAAGCAUGUAAUAGAGGUGCAUAUGAAACUAUUUGUUAUGGAUUGAUGGGUAUGUUUUUAUCACAGGGUGGGAAAUUAACAGCCAAUUUCCUUAGUAAUAUGUCAUUGAAUGAUGUUUCACAACUAUUUAAUAUACCAACACAAGAGGAAUUUGAAAUUCAAGCUGGAAUUUACUCAUAUCGUGAUACACCAUUAAAACAAUUGGCUCAAUCAAUUCAUACAGUUUUAAAAGAAAGUUCAGAGAUUGUUUUAAAAUUAGGAUUUCAAGAUUUUGGUGAUUGGAUUUGGAGUAUUACAGAUCCAUCUAAAAGAUCAUCAUCAUCAUCAUCAACAACUCCAUUGGCAUCAGAUUUAGUUAAAAUUUUAGUUGAAACAAUUCCAGCAUUCAAUGAUCAAGCAAACUAUAAAGGUCAUCGUAUUUUCAUUUUUAAAAAAGUUCAAUUAUUAGCAGCAGAUCUUUAUCGUCGUUUCAAAGAUACCAUACCUGAUCGUUUUAAUUUCACUGAUAUUAAUGAUGUUACCGUUUUCACUGAUAAUGUUUUACCUGCUGUUUUAAGAAAUUUUGGAAUUUUAGAAGUUUCAAAAGAAUUAGAAGAACGUUUAAAUGCUGGUGCUGAAUUAUUACCUGGAAAUGAUGAGGUUGAAUUAAGGGUUCAAGCAAUUCAAGCAUGUAUUGAAAUCGUUUCAAUUGCAAAGAAAAGAACUGAUAAUUUUAUUAAAAAUGAUGUUGAAUUUGACUACUAUCUUUGGACAAAAGGUAAAGAUGGUGUAAUUAGAAAAGUUGAAAGACAUUAUACAAAGAAAACUAUUUUUUAUUGA